CGGCCACGUGAUACGAAAACGCCAAUAUGCCACACAACAACAUCGUCUGCGAGUGGUUGCGCGCCAUUGGCAUGCAACAGUAUGCCGAGAGUUUCAUGGAGAACGGUUACGAUGAACUGGAGAUUUGCAAACAAAUUGGCGAUAUUGAUUUGGACGCAAUCGGUGUGGAUACGGUGCAACAUCGCAACAAACUGCUGAAGAGUGUGCGCUCGUUGCGCGAGAAGGGCGCCGCCAUUGUGUAUGUGAUGAUCAACGAUCCGAAGGCGUUGAGCAGUAGCAAUGAGAUUUUGGCAACCGAUUGUGAUGCGCCGACGACUAUGAAGGAGCUGGAGGCCAUUAUGAAGCGUCAUUUGGAGGCCGAUGGCAUUCGGCUGACAGCGCAUCCCUAUUCGACGCCGGAGGGCAAACGCGGCUAUUUGGAGGGCCUUGCCGCGCACUAUAGCAAACAGAUUAAUAUGCCGUACGAGGACGUGUUGGACGCCAUCGAGGAGGUGCGCGUUUCCAAGUGGAAGGAGCGCCAUGUGCGCAUUUCGACCGGCCACACUUUGUCGCGGCGCGCGGGCGGCAGCAGCAGCAGCGGUGGCAUCGGUGUCAGCGUCAUGUCGGGGAUGAUGGGCGGCGGCGGCGGCGGCGGCGGUGGAUUCGGCAUUAUUGGCGGCAAUAUCGCAAAUCAAUCAACUCUGCCGACAAGUCACAGCCAACCAUUGUAUGUGCCUGGAAAAUAUUUGCCAUCUAGUUGCCUUUCCAAUCGUGAGGAGAAUGAAAUCUACAGCUUUGCGCAAAACGAUUUGGCAAAUCGCAUGGCCAGAAGUGCAAUUGAUUCGAAAUCGGCGGUUAACCUGAAUGGCAUGCAGCACAGCUAUCCGGGCGCCAGGCGGAAUUUCUUCUACGAUUUCUCGGCAACAGAGGGUCGUAGUCGGAAUAAAAGACGUACGGUAUUUGCGCGUUUCCUCAGCGGUCUGAACAAAGGAGCCGAAGAAAAUAACCCGAACGAAGAAAUGCAAUUGAAGUCCGCGGAGAAGUUUAAAGCCUGCAGCACCAUGAAGCGUGUGGAGCCGCAUCAGAAUUUCGAAGAGACAAUAAGACGAUUGAAGACGCAGAAGAAAAAAGGCGAAACGCAUGACAAGGGCAUACACGACAGGGGCAAGGAGGUGACGCACACCAUGGUCAACGAAAUGCCACUCAACAAUUACACGAAGCAUCCUUAGGACACGGCGAAAGGCGCGGCGACAGAAGCAACGGAACAAAAAGAGGUGAACGAUGCAGAUAACGGGAAAGAGAUACCGGCGGUGAGCAAAGCGCAAGAGGCGACAGAAAACGAUAAGGAAGUCAAUAAGGACGACUCAGGGGAGGCGAUGUGCAGCAGCAGCGCGGCAAAGAGGGCGAUAGUGAACGAUAUUGACAAACAUAUCUACGAGAACCAACUGUGAGCGAGUCAUGCUUAACGCAGAAAUGUGCUGCAAGAGGUACACAAAGUGCAACGCGCUGCAGUGGGGUGCGGCUUGAGGAAAUAAUUCAUCAGUUGCGGCGAUGGUGCGAAAAUGAUAAUAACUUUGCGGUUGUAAUUAUGCAUUCAAUUUUCCAUUUCUCGAAUUGCCUGACGCAAAACGUAAAAACGGACAAAAAAUCGCAAUGCCACAAAGCAGAAGGAGACACAGCAAAAACAGCAGCAACAACGAUAACGCAGCUUUUGUAGUUGCGUAUAAAGUUUGCUGGAUAAAUUAGUUUCAUUUGCAGUUUUAAGGGCAGCACUCAGUGGCAGCGACGCUGUGGCCGAUGUGGCAUGGAACCCAACAACACACAUAAAUGCAAAUGGCAAAAACCUCAAUUAAAAUCCGCACCAAUAAUUUAAGUCAUUCCAAUGGACCGCUACGCACAGCAUGAGAACACACACGCACACACAUGCAUCCAUACACACAUAUAUGUAUAAGUGUCUGCGCUCACUAAACCAUCGACCAUCGACCAAAUUGCAACUGUACACACACACAUAACGGUUUGGGUGGGCGAUAAAUUAGGCACAUCAUUCACUUUCACAGUCGAAGCUGUGCGGUCCGGCUCCGACACUGUUGACCAAGUGAAUGAACAAAGAGCCACGAGCAGCGUGAAACCAGCGACGGGCAUGGCAAAUCCUUUCGGGCGUCAAUGUGCUUAAAAGGGGAUAACAAUGUCCAAUACACCAGGGAUUAGCAGUGAAUAAGCGCAAACCAAAUGGCCAACAAACCGUUGGACAAGCGCAAGGAAUACGGACUUGUUAAACCGGCCGUACAGGGUGGCUCCGCACUCGCUCUGUUGCUUUUUUGUUUAUGUGUAUGGCUGGCAUUCGCUUAAACGCCAGAACAGUGCUGUCCGAUCGAUGCCGCCAACUGACCGAAUGCGCUUUAUUGCGCACAUCAAUAAAUACAUACUACAUAUGUACAUACAUAUAUAUGCAUUCAUAAGAAUAUGUAUAUACAUACGUGUAUAUUAUGUUGGUGUGUGUUUGGUUUUCCGUUGCCAGUUGUAUGCUCUAUAUUGAAAACGCCACAGUUGAUAAUUCAUUUUCUGUCGCAUGCUGCUUGUGUUGGGAAUUAUAGGUGUCUGUAAUAGCAAGGACCAAGGGCAGUUGCAAUCCCACGUGGGAACUUUUUUAAGUCGCAUUUAUGUGCUUUCGCAUUCAAAAAUCAUUUGUCGCUUGUUUCGAAAAUGAACAUGAAAGGUGGAUUUUUUAAAUGAAUUUGUUUCAAAUCAAACAAAAAUUCGACGAAUUUACAAAGUUUUUAUCGCUUGCAUCCUCUUAUCAUCGUGAAAUUUUCUAAAAUCAAAUAUUCAUGCAAUAUUGACUAUAUUAUAUACUGGUCCCAGUAAUGCCUCUAGUUGCCUCAAUCUCACGCUCUUUACCAGUUUGGCCGCAGCAUCGAUAGUUUCCGGAACAGCAACUGAUUUUGAAUGAACUGCACGAAACUCGUUUCCGAUCUACGACCUCGAUUCAAUACACCAUAACAUCAAAUUUUUCGCGAUUUAAUACCAUUUUUGGCUGAAAGCAAUAUUUUAAGUAACUGCAAACACAAAAGUGAAUAUUUUAAGUACGAAGUGCUUUUCAAAACCAUUUUCCUGAUCUUAAGAAAUGUAACCAAACAUCAUUAAAUGUUGCUUGUGCUAGGCUUCAGUCAUUAACAGCUGAGAGCAACUUAUAUAAAAUACUCUUCAGAGAAUUAUUUCUCUAAAUCUGCUGCAGUAAAUUUUAGAUUUUUUCUACAUGCUUAAAGAGAAGCCAAACUUGUGGAAUAAAAAAAAUAUUAUUGCAGUGCCUUUAACAUAAAAGCUAUUUUGAACAGACUUAAAUACAAUGAAUGCUCAAAAAGCUUUUUUCGCUAUUAACGAAACUGUUCGCACAUUAAAAGUUUUCUGCGAUAAUAAUGUAAAAGCUACUUUGAACAGGCUUAAACAAAAGAAGAAAGCUCAAAAAGCUCGUUUCGAAAACGAAAUUAAAUCGCAUUU